UUGACGAAGUAAACACAGGAGUGAGAAGCAAAACUGAAACGAUUUGUUUACUUCUCUAGUCUAUUGUUGUGCUUUUACUUUAUAAAUGGACAGAAAAGAAACUGCAUCAUAGAAUUCAAGAUACUCGUUGUGGUCCCCGCCCCCACAUAAAACAACCGAAUCAAAAGUAUGGCCGCUAACAGCAACGGCGGUUGUGACGUCGCGUUGGUAAAAAAGCUUGUGGGAAGCCCGGAGCAAUUGUGCGCUGCACUCUGCACAGAUGCGUUGACUGCGACUACUAUGAUUCAAUUGAUAGUUCCACUUCGAACUCUCCGUCAGCCCGAUCACGUAGCAGCUCAAACAUCAUUCACUCGUUUACGCUAAUACAGAAAUCACCGUCGGCUACAUUACUAGUUCAACCGUAGGAAAACAAAUACUAUAGCGGAAUAAAAAUAGAUUACUCCCUAAUUUUUCGGAAAUUAAACGAUUUAAGGAUUCACCAUCGAGUUUCAGAACUGCAAACCGGAUGUAAAAAUAUUUCUGACAAUAUAUUCAGGAAAAGUCAUGCAAAGAUUUGCAAGAGUGAAAUAAAUUUCUUGACUAUAACGUUUGUGGAUAUACAAUUUUUGGCAUUGCUUGCACUAUUAGUUCUUGCAAUAUUUUGUAAAAUGGUUAUUGUUACAAUGCCUUACGCAAAAAACGAAAGCCUUUUCGAUAUUUGCAAGAUGGUGCAAACCAAAAUACAAGAGGCUAUAAAAUGGACACAUGAGCAGGAUUUAUACGUUAAAUUCAGCCCAUUAUUGUGUGGUAUAACGGUGGCUUUAUUUUCCUGUAUGCUGGUAUAUUUUGACAGCGACGUCCCUGGUAUAAGUCCACCAUCUCCCUUCUCACCUUUGAAACAAACUUACCGCCGUGAACGACGUAGUGCUGUGCAUCUGGGCUAUAUAAUCGCUCUAGCUGCCGGCGCAAUAGUCAGUACUUUGAUGUACUGUGAUUUUAGUAGUUUUGAUCUUUUUGAUAGCAAAGUCUGAAUAUUGCAGUUUAAAUUAAAACAUUAUUUAUGAGAAAGUAAGUUAAGAUAAUUUUGAAUUUGUUUAAAUCUAGUACAAACUAAUUUAAGUAUGCCUCAAGUAUUGAUUCGAAUUAAUACAAAUAAAUCAUCUGUAGACCAUAUAAAAAUAACAUCAUACAUACACUUGUACCUGUCUAUCUAAAUAUGUGUAUGUGCAUAUGUAUGAUACCUAAAAAAUAAAACAAGCUUGUAUGUAUUUCUAAUAAAAAAAUCUAAACUUGA